UACCAAGUACAAAACCAGAGUUUCCCAGUUCCCACAAUACAACAUCUUAUUACAUAGAGACCAACAAUGGAACGAACCUGGGAUUCUGAAGGCUCUUGCGUCGAUCAUGACCACAAGAAGGUUAAGCUGUUUGGUUUUGAGCUCAAUCCGUACAAGAACGUCGACGAAAGUAUCAAAGCUUCUGUUGAAGUAGACGAGAGCGUAAAUUCCUCAAACACAUGGAAAGCAUCAACUAGCAGUGAAGCCGAGCAACUUGACAACAAGAAGUUCGAGUGUCAAUAUUGUUUCAAGGAGUUUGCAAAUUCACAAGCUCUUGGUGGACAUCAAAAUGCGCACAAGAAGGAGCGAAUGAAGAAGAAGAGGCUUCAGCUCCAAGCAAGAAAGGCCAGUAUCAACUAUUACCUUCAACCUUUCCAAACUUUCAAUCAUCCACAUGGUUCUGCUACAUCAGCUUCAUGGUUCUAUGAUCCCUCCUCGUAUGUUAACAAUACCAAACAGUAUACACUCCAUGACGAAUCCCAAAUCAGCUUCAACCCGUAUGAUCAAAAUGGAUCAAACGGAUCGGCCCAGCUUUCUAACUGGUAUGCUUUCCCUGGAGCAGCAGCUGAGUUCCCUUACCAGCAAGAACUAGAUGAUCAUUCGUCUAAGUUCACCUUGACACGAACAGAUAGAUCAGGAAAAAGUAGACCUAUGAUCUUCAACAAGUCUUCGGCUCUACCUGCUUCUACUCAAAGCUCAUGCAAACCUUUGGAUCUUCAGUUAGGGAUUGGCUUGCCAUCGAAGAUACGAAGAUCAUCUAGAAGUGAAGUUUAGCUCAAAAUGAUGUUCGAGUACUGAUCGAACAAUCCCAUGUCUUCUCCAGUAUAUACUAUUAUAAUUAUUUAUAAUUCUCCAACUAUUGUUAAAGCGAAAAAAGAAAGCAGAAGAAGAAGAAACUGAAUCACAUUUGUAGUUUUCAUA